AUGGCUCUGCCGCUGUGACUGGAAAUGAAGGCCGCGCUGGCCCGCGGCUCGCACUGUCGUGGCAACUUCUUGGAGUUCUUCACCCGCCAUCACAUGAACCUCAAGUUCUGGUAGGUGGACGACAUUCCCGCGUCGGUGCUGCUCACUGACUGGAGCCAGGACAUAAGGAAGGCGCUGCACCUGGCCAUCCCCGCGAUCACCCGGGAAAAGCUGAACCAAGUGGCAAACACCGUGCACCAGAAGAUGGAACAGCUGUCCCAGGGGAAGAUGUAUUUCCCAGGGUAUUUCCCCAAGGAGCUUCAAGCCAUCUUCUGGGAGCAGGUGCACCUCAUCCAGAAUGCCACCGUUGAAAGCCGCAAUGAUUGUCAGCAUCACUGUGGUGAACAGGGCACCAACAUAAGCCUGGUAUCACCAAGCUUCAUGGGUCUAGAGCCCCCACACCUCAUCAACCUGACACUGGAAAAUGCUUCUGAGUGUUUGACACAGCACAAAUAGCCUGCGGGCCCACUGGACCCCCCAGCUGCAAUGUGGGGCCAGGACUCAGCUGGGCUGUCCCAGCCUGACUAGAGCAGGCUUGCUGCUCUCUGGGGGUCCCUGCACAACCCCAUC